AUACUUAUAUUCGAUAAAUUGCGUGUAUUACGCACAGUUGCAAGGAGGAAGCGGAUUUGGAAAGUCAGUUGCCAAGAUGACAACUGGCCUACUGUCUGAGAAGCUCGCCCUUGUCACAGGCGCGGGUAGCGGCAUCGGGCGAAAGGUGUGCAGCCUGUUAGCGAAGGAAGGAGCCAAGGUCUUAGCCACGGAUCAAAAUGUCAAGGCUGUCGAGGACACGGUCGCGGAGCUCCAAGGCACCGGACAUAUUCCUAUUAAAUUGAAUGUUAAGAAUGUUAAUGAUAUUGAAGACCUGUUCACCAACAUAAAAAGGAAUUUUUCAAUACCUACGACAAUUAUUGUUAACAAUGCCGGUAUUGUACGAAGCAAUAGUAUCGUAGACAUGAGUGAAAAGGAUUUUAACGACGUAAUCGAUGUCAACUUAAAGGGUGCAUUCUUUAUCAUGCAAUAUGCUGCGAGAGCAAUUAUUAAUGCUGGAAAUACGGAUGAUGCGUCAAUUAUCAAUAUAAGUUCAAUAGCUUCGAUAAUUAAAUAUCCUUAUAAUGCAAAUUACACGGCAUCUAAAGCGGGUAUGAACGGCUUAAUAAAGACAGCGGCUGCCGAGUUCUUAAAGUAUGAUACGAAUAUUGAUUUGUUUUUCCUCAAACAGACUUUUAUUAUUAAUUUCAUUAUUAAUCCUAUGAUGCAAUUGAUUUUAGGUAUGGCACGCGUGAAUGCCAUUCUACCAGGUUUAGUAAACACUCCUUUAUCCCAAACACUUCACAAGGAAACGAUUCAAGAAUUGACGGAAAAUAAAAUUUUUAAAUACACGGGUAAGACAAAUGACGUAGCAGAAUUAGUUACAUUCUUAGCUUCGCCAAAAAGCUUGUUUAUCAAUGGAGCACUGAUCGAAAUCACUGGAGGAUAUAUAUAGAUUUUAUAUUUUAUUUAAAAUUGUAAUAGAUAUAACAACAAAAUAAUAUGA